CCCCUCCAGCAGGGAGGAGACAUGUGACUGAGCCCGCCCAGAGCAAAGAGAAAACAAGAAAACUGAAAGAGACAGGAGUGCGGCUGUGCCUGGGCUCUCACUUUUCUACCCUUCGCUACUGCAAUGGACAACUAAACAGAAGCCUAGUGACGGGGUGUCAUUCAUUAGCUCGCUCACAGGGGCACACCCUCCACCGAGGCGCAAUUCUUUGCAUUACUGCAGCUGUCUCUCAUUCAGGAUAGACGGAGAGUAGCCAUAGCCAGUGGCAGCCCCAAGAUCUAUGAUGGCACAAAACAUAUAUGAUAUUGAUGAAGCUCAUUUAGAUCCAUUUUUAAGAAUAAACCCUUUAUUUCAAGAAUCUAUUUAUAUGCCAUCUGAGUCACACCAUCGGAGUGCUGAAGGGCCGUACAUUGAAAUUACAGAACAACCAAAACAGAGAGGGUUUCGCUUUCGAUAUGUCUGUGAAGGGCCGUCACAUGGAGGACUUCCUGGGGCUUCAAGUGAGAAAAUCAAAAAGUCAUACCCACAAAUUAAGAUUCAUAAUUAUGUUGGACAAGUCAAGAUUAUAGUGCAGCUGAUCACUAAUAGCAAAGACAUCCGAUUGCAUGCUCAUAGUCUAGUUGGUAAAAACUGCGAAGAUGGCAUAUGUCUUCUAACUGUAGGACCUAAAGAUACAGUUGUUGGGUUUCCUAACCUGGGAAUUCUUCAUGUUACAAAGAAGAAAGUGAUUGAAGUUCUAGAGGCCCGCAUGACUGAUGCCUUCAAAAAGGGACAUAAUGCUGCAUUAUUAAUACACCCAGAGCUCAACUAUACAUAUUCUGAAGACAGGCAAUUAAACGAGCGAGAAAAGGAAAUCAUAAGACAAGCAGCAACACAGCAGUCCAAGGAUAUUGACCUGAGUGUGGUACGACUUAUGUUCACUGCUUUCCUGCUUGAUAGUGAAGGUCGAUUUUCUAGAGCACUUGAGCCUGUGAUAUCUGUUCCCAUCUUUGAUAGCAAAGCCCCCAAUGCAUCCAACCUGAAAAUUGUGCGAAUGGACAGGACUGCAGGCUGUGUGACAGGUGGGGAAGAAGUAUACCUCCUGUGUGAUAAAGUGCAAAAAGAUGAUAUUCAAGUCCGCUUCUAUGAAGAGGAUGAAAAUGGAGGUUUCUGGGAAGGAUUUGGAGACUUCUCACCUACUGAUGUCCAUAGACAGUAUGCCAUUGUCUUCAAAACUCCCAAGUAUAAGGAUGUAAAUAUUACAAAGGCAGCAUCUGUUUUUGUUCAGCUUCGGAGGAAAUCAGAUUAUGAAACUAGUGAACCCAAACCAUUUCUUUACUACCCUGAAAUAAAAGACAAGGAAGAAGUACAAAGGAAACGCCAGAAGCUUAUGCCUAAUUUCUCAGACGGUUAUGGUGGAAGUGGGACAGGAUCUGGUGGAGGUGGUGGUGGUUUAUAUGGAGGAGCAGGAGGAUCUGGAGCAGGUGGUGGCUAUGGGUUUUCUUCAUUCAGUUGUAAUAAUUACGGAGGUUUGAAUUUUCAUGGAGGCCCUAUGAAUUCCGGUCCAUGUAUGAAACAUGAUUCCGAGUCCCAGUGUGAGGAAGCCAACCAGAAACAUGGUGAGACCAUGAAUACCCAAGAUGCACCUAUUGAAGAUGCAUGUUUGUGCUUCGAGGCUUCACAAGAAAAGGAACAGAGAGACACUGCUCCAGCAAGGAAGGAAGGGGAGUUCUGCAAACUGCAUGAAUGUAAUUUCCUGAGCAAGGCUAUGCAGCUAGCAAAGCGCCAUGCAGCAUCCUUGUUUGACUAUGCCGUAACAGGAGAUGUGAGGAUGUUAUUAGCUGUACAGCGCCACCUAGCUUCAGUUCAAGAUGAGAAUGGGGACAACAUUUUCCACUUGUCUGUUAUCCACCUCCAUUCUGCAUUAGUAAGGAUCUUCCUGGACAUAACAAAAGGGGUUGUGUGUGAUGAUGUCAUCAAUGUGAGAAAUGACCUCUACCAGACUCCACUACAUUUGGCUGUAAUCACACAACAAGCCGACACUGUGCAAGAUAUUUUUAAAGCUGGAGGUGACCCAUUGCUCUUGGAUCGGGAUGGCAACUCAGUCCUGCACCUCGCUUGUAAAGCAGAAGAUGCCUCAACAUUAAGUAUACUGCUUAAACACAAACAGAUGCUUGGGAUCAUCAACCUUCCAAACAAUGAUGGCUUGAAUCCAGUCCAUGUGGCUGUACUUGCCAAUUGCAUGCUGUGCCUCCGGCUUUUGAUAUCAGCAGGAGCAGAUGUAAAUGCUCAGGAACAGAAAUCAGGAAAAAGUGCAUUGCAUUUGGCUGUGGAACAAGACAACAUAUCUCUAGCUGGUUGCCUUCUUCUGGAGGGAGAUGCAUGUGUUGAUAGUACCACAUAUGAUGGAAAUACACCGCUCCACAUAGCAGUUGGAAGAGGCUCUACAAAGCUGACAGCACUUCUCAAAGCCGCAGGUGCCGAUUCCUUCAUUGAGAGCUUUGAACCCCUCUACAGCUUUGAAGAUGCUCAAGAUGAAGAUGAUGUAGAUGAAGGAAUUGUACCAGGCACAAAACCACUGGACAUAGCUACAAGCGACGAGGUACUUGAAAUUCUGAAUGGUAUGCCUUACAAGUCAGCGGUAUCUCAUGAAGACUCCCUGUCACAAGGUGACAUGAAAAACCUUAGCGAAAAGGUAAAGCAGCAGCUCUACACCUUGUUAGAAAGCCAAGAUUUGGACAAGAACUGGGCCACUUUAGCGCAGAAGCUGGGCCUUGGAAUGCUGAACAAUGCUUUCAGACUAAGUCCACUCCCAUCUAAAACAUUACUGGACAACUUUGAGGUUUCUGGUGGAACCAUAAGAGAACUCCUGGAUGCAUUAAAACAGAUGCAUUGCACUGAAGCGGUUGAGGCAAUUGAGCAGUCAAUCAUUAAGCUGUAUUCAGAGGCACCAAUUCCUUCCCAGAGGAGAGAUUCCUCUGUGGACGAUGUUGGAUACCUUAAGCAGCAGGAUACUGAAAGUACAUGUGACAGUGGCGUGGAGACAUCCUUUCAGAAACUGAGCAUUUCAUAUUGGGAACCUCUGAAGGAGACAGAGGGAAUUUGCCCAGAGCUUCCUCAGGAACCAGACUGUCCUCUCAUCUGUAGCAAGUGACAGGUUAGAAAGAGACUCUCUGUCUUCCAUGCACAGCUCAAACCAAAUACACUGGAUAUUCAAAGAAGCCCGGGCCUAAUACAUUUUAAAACACUUCUUUACUCAUGCAUGUCGUAAGCAAGUGAGAAGAAUAAAUCACACUUUGUGUUCUGCUUAUCCCCUAAUUGAAUUAGGAUGUUGCAUAUUUACUUAUUGAAUCAUGUUGGUUUAAAGUCUCUAUGGAUUCUGCAUGGGUUCCUAUUAUACAACAUCAGAAAAUGACACGAUUCAUUAAAAUGCCGAAAUUAAACUUCCCAAUUUAAGUUACUGUCAUUUACAAAUGUUGGCAAUAUAUUAAGAAUGGCUAGUAAUCGUUUAAUAAUAAUGUAUUUUUUGCCUUGGUUUAAUACAGUAAAUAUUAUAUAUUUUUCUGGAA